CCGGGACGGUUUAUCCGUGCGGGUUAGGUUUUGAGGGAUGGGGCUUUCAGGGCCAUGUAUUGGAGCUCGGCCCCUCCCUGCUGCAAAUUGCAAUUCCCUUGUUUCUGUUCUGUAGCUAAUGCGGUGCUCUCGUUUUCGGUUCUGAUCAAUGUGCUGGGAGCGUUUGUUCUCGAAGGAUCGGUUGUUUGGUAUUGCUGGUUUUUCCUUAUUACUUCCCCACCGUUGUGGGUUACGACGGCGCGGUUUUUUACAUCGUGGAUCAUUGAUUGUUCAGAGUAUUUUAUUUAUUUUCGACUCGGUGCUCUGGUUUUGGUUUGAGAACGCUUUUCUUGUGUAGUUAAAUUUUUCUCUUGUUGCAGCUGUGAUAUUUCAAGCAACGCUUCGUCUUGACAUCUACUGUUCGUCCUUUUGUGUUUCUGUGUUAGUACAUUUGCUGCAUGUCAAUAUGGCUAUGUAAAAACUAAGCAAGUGGGACGUCACCUUUAGUAUUUUCAUUCAUAUAUUAGUAUAUAUCUUCUUGUUCUUGUUCUGUGUUCAAAAUGGACUUUCAUUUUCAUUGCUCAACUUUGUAUUUCUUCGGUAAUCCCUUCCAUUGUGCAAUUUGAAUUGCUCCUUUCGAUGUUGGUACUACCAGUUUUUAUUUGUUUGGAGUGGACGAUGCAUUCAUUUGGAAUUGCCGUGUUCUUGUUAGGGGUAUAUUCUGCAUUUGGUGUUAGUUUAUCCUAAUUUGGGUCUAGGAGCCAAUUUUGUCCCCUAAUUUCCUAAUUGUAUGUCUUGAAUAAUUUUCGCACAUGACAUAAGCAGUGUUUUUUAAAUGUUAUGUAAUUCAGAGGGUACGUGGACAUUUGAAUGAAGACAAACAGAUGAAUGACAUUUACUACUUGAGUAAACAAACAAGACAAUCAAUUCAUACCUGGAUUUUAUAUUAAUGCUUUGGCCAUCCAAGGAUUCAAAUGUGUCAAACGUAUGCAAGAAAGCAACUUUGACUUAAAAUAGUUGUGGAAUGCUCCUUUUUCUUUAGGAAAAAAACAAGGUGAUUCCAUCAUAUGUGUGCUGGCUGCUAGUUCAGGAACAGAGUUUUUAUGGGGAAAAGCUAUAAUUGUGUCAUUCAAAGAAUAUUCUAGGAAGGUACCUUGAAACUACACUAGGCUGUUUUAUAUAUUGCUCCUACAGCAUGACAGUGCAAAACUUAUUGAUGGAUAUUGAGCUAAACAAUGAACUUUGUGUGACGCGUUCUUCUCUAUGUCUUGGAAUGUAGUCAUAGUUCUUAACUAGGGCAGUUCGAACCAAUUGCUUUGCAUUUAUCGAUGGUCAUAUCUCAUAUGUGCCUCCAUACCCAUAAAUUCCACAUGGGUAGAACUUGCUUGCAUGCACUGUAUUGAAAUGUUGUUUGUCCACAGUAUUAAGAUAUUUGUUGGCUUCUGAAAAAGCAACGGUUUUAUUUGACCUUGGUAGCUCCCUAGAUUGCACCCGAGAUGCAUCCACGUGACUCCAAAUAAACCACGUGACUCCAAAUAAUUUUUAUCUCAAUUUUAGGGAAAAUUUUAUGCAAGUGGCAUUGUGGAAACUGGAAAGUUAAUGGUAGGCCAUGGUAUAAUUCAAUUAAGCUAAGCUGGGAAAGUAUCUCUUUCCAUUAUUCUCCUUUUUAUCAUUCAUCUGCCAUUUUUUUAUAUGAAUACUACUUUAUGCAUUUCUACCAUGUGUUCCUUUACAAGAAAUUGUUCCUUGCAUGUUGUUUCUUCUUGUAUUGUUUUUUCAUUCAAGGUUGAAUGGAAAAACUCUUCUUACCUGCAGAACUAGAAGCUAUUUGUUCAUGGAGAUGAAAACAAUAGAUGAUCAUAAGCUGAUCGCUGCAGUUACUACCAUCAUAUUAGAGCUAAUCGAAUGGGUAGUGGCAAAAGGAUAAUGCUGGAUUUGAGAAAUUCUGAUGUCUUCCUUUUGGGUUUUUUAUGUCUUUGAAUUGACGUGCUGGGUAGUGGGUACUCAGGCUUGCCUUGGAGCCUAUGCUAAUUGAAUUUCAAUCUCCCAGCAAAUUUGCAAAAUCAUCCAUUUACAAUGAAUACAGACAAUUGGUGGAAAAAGGUUUGACCUGUACUUUAGGAAAAAUCCAUUUGGUGGGGAAUUCACUGUUUUUGCUGGCCUUGAGGAGUGCAUCAAAUUUAUUGCGAAUUUUAAGUUCACAGAACAUGACAUUUCUUUCCUGCAAUCAGUCAUGCCAAUGUGUGAGGGUGCGUUCUUCAAUUAUCUCAGGGAAGUUGACUGCUCUGAUGUAGAGGUGUACUCCAUUCCUGAGGGAUCAGUAGUUUUUCCAAAAGUGCCCUUGAUGAGAGUUGAGGGUCCAGUUGCUGUGGUUCAACUUCUGGAGACUCCAUUUGUGAAUCUUAUCAAUUAUGCCUCUUUGGUAACUACUAAUGCUGCGCGUCAUCGUCAUGUUGCUGGAAAGUCAAAGGUUCUGUUAGAAUUUGGUUUAAGACGGGCACAGGGACCUGAUGGAGCAAUAAGUGCCUCAAAAUAUUGUUUUAUGGGAGGUUUUGACGCAACCAGUAAUGUUUUGGCUGGGAAUUUGUUUGGCAUACCACUUCGUGGAACACAUUCUCAUGCUUUUGUUAGCUCAUACAUGAGCCUUGAUGAGAUACCAGACAAGGCCCUCAAGAGCAAAGAUGGCUCAAGACUUUGCCAGGAUUUUGUUAGUUUAGUGCAAGAGUGGCUUCAAAAGAUUCAGGCAGCAAAUUCAUUAGGUGGUGUAUUUGGUGAUACAAAUAAAAGUGAGCUGGCUGCAUUUGCAUCCUACGCAUUGGCUUUUCCAAGCAACUUCCUUGCUCUUGUGGACACAUAUGACGUUAUGCGAAGUGGUAUUCCGAAUUUCUGUGCAGUGGCUCUAGCACUUCAUGACUUAGGGUACAAGGCAUCUGGUAUUAGAUUAGAUUCUGGUGAUCUGGCCUAUUUGUCCAUUGAAGCACGAAAAGUGUUUAGUGCAGUAGAGAAGGAAUAUAAUGUACCUGGUUUUGCAAAGAUGCUCAUUACUGCUAGCAACGACCUGAAUGAAGAAACAAUUGAUGCCCUCAACAAACAGGGUCAUGAGGUUGAUGCCUUUGGAAUUGGAACUUACCUUGUGACGUGUUAUUCCCAGGCUGCUCUUGGCUGUGUCUUUAAGCUAGUUGAGAUAAAUAAUAAACCUCGUAUUAAGCUUUCUGAGGAUGUGGCAAAAGUUUCCAUUCCAUGCAAAAAGAGAUGCUUCAGACUGUAUGGGAAAGAAGGCUACCCACUGGUAGAUAUCAUGAUUCGCGAAAGUGAACCAUCGCCUAAGGCAGGAGAAAGAAUCCUCUGCCGCCAUCCAUUCAUUGAAUCAAAGAGAGCAUAUGUUGUCCCCCAGCAUGUUGAGGAGCUUCUACAGUGCUAUUGGCCUGGGACAUCAGAUAAACCUAGAGCAGAGCUGCCCUCCUUGGAGAAGAUCAGAAGCCGCUGCAUGCAGCAGCUUGAAAUGCUGCGCCCGGAUCACAUCCGGCGGCUAAAUCCAACGCCCUACAAGGUGAGCGUGAGCACCAAGCUGUACGAUUUCAUCCACCGCCUAUGGCUGAACGAGGCGCCAGUAGGUGAACUGCAGUAGAUGAUGAUCAUAUAAAAGAAGUUUUGGGUCAUCUGCGAUACAGCAGCAAUUCAUCGAAGAAAAUUAGAGCUCUUCUGCACAACAUCAACAGUUGAGCCCAUGGCAGGAUUUUGCUCCCCAAAUUUUCAUCUCUAGUCACCGGUAUAGAGGCAGGUUAAUCAGGUUGUCUAGUUUAUACGUCCCUUAAUUGGUGGGAUGCUAUACACAUCAUCAUCAGAAAAGAACCGAAAUCAUAUGGAGCCAAAAAUGUUACUAGGUCGUCCGGUGUUUGUGCUCGACGGUGUCACAUUUGUUUUUCUAGCCGAUCGUGCAUAUGGUCAUAUAAAACACUGCACUGUUGAUUGUACUGUUUAUAUAGUGAAAUUUGAAAUGAUAGAUGAAAUAGGAGAUAGAAUGAGUAAA